UCGUAGGGUUUAGUAUCUCCACCCCUCAUAAAUAUCUCAACCAAGCAUAGCUUGUAGAUAACAAGGUCUUAUUGUUCACCAAAAAAAUGACUGAUUGGGGUCCGGUUUUCGUCUCCGUCAUGUUGUUCAUAGUUCUAUCUCCGGGAGUCAUCUUUCAGCUCCCAGGCAGGAGCAGGGUGGUUGAGUUCAUCAAUUUUCAGACGAGUGGCGUAUCGAUAUUGGUUCAUUCGAUCCUAUACUUUGCCUUCAUUGCCAUAUUUCUUCUUGCUAUAAAAGUUCAUAUUACAUGUCUAUUUUCAACUGAGAUGGCUGAUUGGGGCCCAGUGGUGAUUGCGGUGGUGCUCUUCGUCCUCCUCAGCCCCGGCCUCCUGUUUCAGUUGCCCGGAAAUAGUAGAGUUGUGGAGUUCGCAAAUUUUCAGACUAGUGGGGUCUCUAUAUGUGUUCAUACUGUUAUAUUCUUUGGUUUGAUUACCAUAUUUCUUAUUGCAAUUGGCGUUCAUAUCUCCACUGGUUAG